AGUGCACCUGCUAAGCUGCCUGACAGACACACAGAUACUCCUGCGACAGGAUCAGGGGUGUCAGUGUGAAAAUGGCGCACUUUCAGCUUUCUGCGCUUAUUGCUUUAGGUUUCGUCACACUGAUAAACGGCCAGUGUCUGGUGGAUUAUCAAAAUGGCAUAGUUUCCAAUAAUGGCUCCACAUGCACUUCAUUCUCACAGUCAGUGUUCAACAACACUCUCACUUGCUCCGGGAUACAACAAUCAGACUCAUCGCAGGGAAAUCUCAAAAAUCUCAAAGCAUUCACUGACGCUGCCUUUGAUUUGUACACAUUGCUGAGAUCUAGACUUGACGUUAGUAAGGUCGUGCAAAACAUAAAUCAAGCGAGGGCGGAAGUCUCAGUAGUGGGUUCACUGAGUGAUCUGAAUUUUACGGGGCUCUGGUUCCAAGUGAAGCUCAAUCCAUACCUGUCAUCACUGUCCAGAGACACGCUGUCCUGUCUGAGUCAAAGCAACCUCGUCUGCAAAAGCUUCCAACAACUAGUGAGUGAUCUAAGCUUCCAUAUUGGUUCUGAAAGGCAAAAGAUGGUGUAUCAGAACUUCAUAAAGCCUUUUCUGACAAGAAAUACAGCUGACGUUGGCUGUGUGAACAGUACAGUCAACGUUCGGGACUGGUUUCAGCUGUACUUCCAGAAGUUCUCUGCUAGCGCAGCUCUAGGAGAUUUCAUAGCUCUGAAUCCCAACUUUGAUGGGCUGCUUGUCCUAGAUUUGCUCACCCCAGAGCAGAAAGCUGAGCUGAUCUUUCAGCUGGAAGCAUCUGCUAAACUAGACCUCAGUGACAUCACUCAGAUUUUCCAGAGUUUCCUGCAGCCGCUCACUAACGUAACACUUAACAUCACCAGUGUGAGUUCAAAUGGACUUGAAAAGAAUCUCACCGAUUUCCUGGUUUCUUUGAGACCAUUGGGAAGAUUCAUCAGAUCAUGUGUGAUCAUUUCUCAGACGACAAAUGUCAGCAGUAUCAGAAAUGAAACGAUACAGCUUCUGGUGAACUGGACCGAGACCUAUGUCACCCAGACCUUAAUAAAUACUUUCAACAUCAGCAGCUUCAGUGAUUGGUUCCAGUAUGUGGUUCUUCCCAUAGUGAGGAAAGCUCUGCUAACUAACCAGACUUUGGCAGAGAACACCACAGAAAUAUACAACUAUGUUUUUGCUGCAGAAACUCAAAUCACAGACCCUGUCGACAAUUGUAAAGUCACCAGCAAUAACAGUUCCUGUUCUACAUCACAGGCUGAAGAGAAUCUGGCGAAAGUGAUAAACUGUGUCGCUAAGACAAAUCUGAGCUUCACUGAGGAAAACCUGAAACUUCUGAUUGCUGAACUCUCCAGUUCACUACAGACAUUGAUGGAGCAGUCUAAAGUGGCGACCAACUCAUCUCAAAGCAACCUCACAGGCUCAUUUGCAGAACUGCCAGCAGAAAGCUUCACAUCUAGAAAUCUUGAUGAUGCAGAGUUCAUGAGGUUCUGGUUCCAAAUCAAGAUGAAGCCAAUGCUGCCUCAAAUUCCACGUGAAUUCCUGUCUUGCAUCAACACACGUAGCUUCACCUGUCAAGCCUACAGGGCACUUUAUGUGGAGCUAAAUAAUAAUUUUGGACUAAUGGACAGUGCGACACAGAGAUCUGUCCUCAAUGACUUCAUUCUUCCAUUCCUGUUCAAAAAUCAAAACACAGGUGUCGGAUGCACGUUGCCAUUUAACAACAGUGUGGACUUCAUCCUGCAAAACUUUGGCAAUUUCUCUACGCUGGCACUGCUUCAGGAUUUUUCCACUUUCAGCCGCAAUUUUUCAGCUGUGGAUGCUCUUCCUGUUCUCACACUGGCGCAACUGGGUGAACUGGUGUUCAGUCCUCCUGCUAGACCAGAAGACAGAGGAAACAUCCUCACAAGAGUCUUUGACUUCCUUCUUCAAUCCUCCAACAGAGACAAACUAAAGGGCUUCAUCCCUUCUCUUCAGACACAGGCCAGAAAGGCAAACUUCAGUUGUGAAAACUACAGAGUCAUCUUUGACAGGAUGGAUCAGGCAUUAUCACCACUCGCUCCAAACCAGACUGAAGCGCUGCUGACGAUCAGAGACUCAGUGAUGAUGAUUCCUCCUGAUGAGUGCAUCGAGAGAACAGCCCAAUGCACAACAAUUCCUGUAAAUGAGUCUGUCCUCUGUGCAAAUGUCAGCAGCUCUGCUUUGGAUCAGUUCUUGAGCGGAACGGCUCCAAAUACAACAGGAAUUUGUGACUUUACUGUGUUGCAGUUCGCCUGUCUACCAACGCUGUCACAGUUAAACUCUCAACAAGUGGCUGACCUGUUGGCUUGUAAACUGUCCAGCAAUGUGACAAAAGAGACGUGGAAGCUUUUCUUCACCAAAAUCAGCACAAACCUUGAUGAUGCACUUGUGAAAUUUUCCAACAAGACUCUCAAUGAAAGCAGUGUGGCUCUAUCCGAUGUGCUGGAUGUGAUUGCUGACGCCCGCAUUAGUCGAUUUAGUCCCCAGAGACUGAGAGAUCCCGUCUUCAUUCAGUCAUGGUUCCAGGGGCGACUAAAAGCCUUCCUACCAUCGGUAUCUCAAAGACUCCUGUCCUGCUUCAGCACCAGAAACUUCACCUGUGAAAGUUACCGCACUAUUUAUGUGGAGCUAAAUAGUAAAUUUGGACUGAUGGACAGUGCGACACAGAGAUUUGUCCUAAAUGAAUUCAUUCGUCCAUUCCUGUCAAGACAAUACAACACAGGUGUCCAGUGCACAUUGCCAUUUAACAACAGUGUGGACUUCAUUCUGCAAAACUUUGGCAGUUUCUCUCCACUGGCACUGCUUCAAGAUUUUUCCAGUUUGAGCCGCAAUUUUUCAGCUGUGGAUGCUCUUCCUGUUCUCACACUGGCGCAACUGGGUGAACUGGUGUUCAGUCCUCCUGCUAGACCAGAAGACAGAGGAAACAUCCUCACAAGAGUCUUUGACUUCCUUCUUCAAUCCUCCAACAGAGACAAACUAAAUGGCUUCAUCCCUUCUCUUCAGACACAGGCCAGAAAGGCAAAUUUCAGUUGUGAAAACUACAGAGUCAUCUUUGACAGGAUGGAUCAGGCAUUAUCACCACUCGCUCCAAACCAGACUGAAGCGCUGCUGAUGAUCAGAGACUCAGUGAUGAUGAUUCCUCCUGAUGAGUGCAUUGAGAGAACAGCCCAAUGCACAACAAUUCCUGUAAAUGAGUCUGUCCUCUGUGCAAAUGUCAGCAGCUCUGCUUUGGAUCAGUUCUUGAACGGAACAGCUCCAAAUACAACAGGAGUUUGUGACUUUACUGUGUUGCAGUUCGCCUGUCUACCAACGCUGUCACAGUUAAACUCUCAACAAGUGGCUGACCUGUUGGCUUGUAAACUGUCCAGCAAUGUGACAAAAGAGACGUGGAAGCUUUUCUUCACCAAAAUCAGCACAAACCUUGAUGAUGCACUUGUGAAAUUUUCCAACAAGACUCUCAGUGCAAGCAGUGUGGCUCUAUCCGAUGUGCUGGAUGUGAUUGCUGACACCCGCAUUAGUCGAUUUAGUCCCCAGAGACUGAGAGAUCCCGUCUUCAUUCAGUCAUGGUUCCAGGGGCGACUAAAAGCCUUCCUACCAUCAGUAUCUCAAAGACUCCUGUCCUGCUUCAGCACCAGAAACUUCACCUGUGAAAGUUACCGCACUAUUUAUGUGGAGCUAAAUAGUAAAUUUGGACUGAUGGACAGUGCGACACAGAGAUUUGUCCUAAAUGAAUUCAUUCGUCCAUUCCUGUCAAGACAAUACAACACAGGUGUCCAGUGCACAUUGCCAUUUAACAACAGUGUGGACUUCAUUCUGCAAAACUUUGGCAGUUUCUCUCCACUGGCACUGCUUCAAGAUUUUUCCAGUUUGAGCCGCAAUUUUUCAGCUGUGGAUGCUCUUCCUGUUCUCACACUGGCGCAACUGGGUGAACUGGUGUUCAGUCCUCCUGCUAGACCAGAAGACAGAGGAAACAUCCUCACAAGAGUCUUUGACUUCCUUCUUCAAUCCUCCAACAGAGACAAACUAAAGGGCUUCAUCCCUUCUCUUCAGACACAGGCCAGAAAGGCAAAUUUCAGUUGUGAAAACUACAGAGUCAUCUUUGACAGGAUGGAUCAGGCAUUAUCACCACUCGCUCCAAACCAGACUGAAGCGCUGCUGAUGAUCAGAGACUCAGUGAUGAUGAUUCCUCCUGAUGAGUGCAUCGAGAGAACAGCCCAAUGCACAACAAUUCCUGUAAAUGAGUCUGUCCUCUGUGCAAAUGUCAGCAGCUCUGCUUUGGAUCAGUUCUUGAGCGGAACAGCUCCAAAUACAACAGGAGUUUGUAACUUCACUGUGUUGCAGUUCGCCUGUCUACCAACGCUGUCACAGUUAAACUCUCAACAAGUGGCUGACCUGUUGGCUUGUAAACUGUCCAGCAAUGUGACAAAAAGGACGUGGAAGCUUUUCUUCACCAAAAUCAGCACAAACCUUGAUGAUGCACUUGUGAAAUUUUCCAACAAGACUCUCAGUGAAAGCAGUAUGGCUCUAUCCGAUGUGCUGGAUGUGAUUGCUGACACCCGCAUUAGUCGAUUUAGUCCCCAGAGACUGAGAGACCCUGUCUUCAUUCAGUCAUGGUUCCAGGGGCGACUAAAACACUUCCUACCAUCAGUAUCCCAAAGGCUCCUGUCCUGCCUCAGCACCAAAAACCUCACCUGUGAAGCUUACCGCGCGAUCACUACAACUUUUGUGAAUGCACCUCUACGUGAUGGACAAGACAUUUGCAGUCUCAAUGUCACUGAAAAACAGCAGCAGGUCUACACAGACUUUAUGAAAGCCUUCCUCUCUCGCAAGGACAUUGAUGAUCCCGGGUGCCUUAAAGACACAUCCGACAGUGCGCAGUGGGUCACCAAAAACUUUGGGCCGUUCGUUCAGUCAGCUCCCCUAACUGACCUUGUGACACUAAACAAAAACUUCACAGCGGUGGAUGUUCUACCUCAGUUGGGUCUAAAACAACUAGCUGAGUUCUCUCGCACUCCUGGUGCACUAACUACUCUUCAAAACGUCACCAAUGUCAUGCAGUAUGUUAAGGAUUGCCAGCUUCCUGCUUUCUUUGACCUAUUUUCUGAGAAAGUGCAGGAAAUCCUGCCCACACUAGAAGUAAAAACAGCUCUGAUUAAAAAUGUAUUUGACAGACCCAUCUUGUCUAAUCUAAGCAUCACUAAUCAGGAAGUUGUAGUCUGGCUCCAAAAGAGACUAAAUCCUCUGUUAGCCAACUUUUCAGAAAGUCUGGUGUCACCAUUUUUCACCAUCCUUAACACAAGGGACUGCAAUAUCACUCAAACAGCACUGGUGCUCUUAGACGCAGUUCGGCCUUCAUUACCCAUAAUCACCACAAAUGCAAUCUACAAUAACAUUCUCAACUCCUUCAAAGGGCCACAGCCACUGAGGUGCUACAUAAGCAACAGCUUUAUCAAGUUCUUAAAUGAAAGCCUGUAUGGCUUUGGGCCACUUCCGGAUCUGGCCACCUUCCUCACUCUGAUACCACCAACUCGAAAAUCUGAGCUUAUAAACUCUAUAGCUCCUUCUGAGCUGGGAAGCUACUUGAGACAGCCGAAAGUGGUGAACAACGAUUCACAAACCUGUGCCGUUUUUAACAGCUUUACCAAAACCCCUGAGUUCUUGGAAACCGAAGAGGUUCCAGAUAAUGUUAAAAGCACCAUCCUUCCCUGUGUCUGGCCUCUGGCGUUGACAAGUGACAAUGAGACAGAGGCUGAUUUGUGGUUUAACCGUAGGCUGAAGCUUUACUUGAAGUUCCUGAAUAAAGAUCUAAUGGGGUCAAAUGACACACUGAACGCAUCUUGCCAAUCAUACAAGACUAUGGUCGGUGUUUUGGGCAGCAGUUUCAACUUUACUGGCUCUCAGAUUACCAAGGGCGAUGUGUACGCCACCAUCAAGACAUAUCUGAAAACAGAUGCUGAAGCAAAAUGCUACAGCUCCACUGACGCAAAAUUAAGUUCAACUGCGUGGUUUGUCAACUACAUUGGCGUAUUUAUAACUUCAUUGACUCUGGACGAUCUCUACUCUUUCGGCCCUGAUAAGACGAUGAAAAUCUUCGCUGUCAACUCUGAGAACAUAAAGCUGUUCAAUCAAAAGGAACUUCCGAAGAAAGUCAUCAGCCGCUACACUGAACUCAUCUUUCUGCAAAACUCCAGCUUUAAUCUUUUUGAAUUGCCUUCGGUUUUGCAGUGUGAUGCCCCAGUAUCAGCCUUCACUACACUAAGUGAAAGUCAAGCUAAUACUAUUCUUGGAAACUUCAAGACAUCUUGCUCAGAUGUGGAUCCUGCGAUAUCUACUGCCCUUACGGGACACAUCAAGACCAUAGAUGCUAGUACUAUUACCACCUUGGGAAGCCAAAUUGUUGGCCUAACAACUACACAAAUAAACUCGGCACCUCCAGGGGUUUUGGUCAACAGUGUCUCAACACUGGGCAAUAUGUCUGGAUGGUCACUCGGACAAGCCAAGGCAAUCGUAGAAGUGCUUCUCAGUGAAAAUUUUAAGAUCGAAACUUCCAGCACGUUGCUGACUCUUGGAUCCCUGAUUGGAGGGAUCCCUUCAACAGUACUGACAAUCAUUCAGCCAGCACAAAUUCUUGAAACAUCUAAAAACACAGAAUUUGUAAAAAACAUAGUGGCUGCUCCAGAGAUUGUUCAGAAGACCGUUGUGAACCAGAUAAUCAAAGUGGGAUCGACACCAUCUGUUUUAAUGACAAACGUUCCCAGUGACUUGGCCAGUCAAAUUCCAAGACAGUUCCUGGAUCUUACCACCACUGUAGAUGUAACAGUUCUGCAAGAGUUUAACAAAAAAAAGUGGAAACCUGAACAGGCAGUUCUUUUCUUCGAUUCUGUGGCAGAGGCUUUUACUGAACCUGAUAACGUGUCAGUGGAAGUUUUGCAAGGAUUUACAUGCUCACGAGUGCAGACAUUCACCCAAACCAAAAUCAAAGGCCUGAUCAAAGCCUGCCGACCAAGAUCAGGCAGAAAUAGGGUGGUACUGAGCGAGACUCAGCUGACAUGCAUGUACAGCUUUAUCAGAAAGGAACCAGUUGUUGAUUUUGAGAACUAUCCUUCAGAUGUAUUGCUGUACUUCGAUUACGGUACAAUCAACAAAACCCUCUGCAAGGCAUAUUUCACACAAGUCGGAGCAGCAGAUCUCUCAAUCUUUUCAAGCACACUAAACGGAAGAAAGGAGAUUUUGUUAAGCAAUGCUAUAGAUUGCUUGGGCAUUAAUAGAACAAGCAUCAAGAAACAGGAUCUGACAGUGCUGGGCAACUUGGUAUGUGCUGUGAGCAGUGACGUCAUCAGAAACUCAGACCCAGAAAUACUUGAGAACCUGAAGAACUGCAAAGAUCUCUCAGAUUCACAAAUAUCAGCCAUGCAGGAACUUCUCAUGAAGGGAACUUCAGUAUAUGGACCAACAAGCAAGUGGAAUCAGAAAACACUUGAUGAUCUGGGAAUUCUGCCUUUGUACUUCUCACGAAGCUUUUGGGCAUCAUUCUACGAGAAUGAUUUAGCCAGGUUCAUGAAAACCUUUUUGAAAUUUGUGCGUGGACGAAACACACCAAAGUUACAAAUGAAAAAGCUGUUCCAAGCAAUCAUUGUAACCUCAACUAGAACCAAGAGGGCAGCGAGUGACUGUAUCAAGGGCAACAUCACUAGUGUUAUCAUCAACGAUGACUCCUUCCCCUUUGGAUAUACUGAGGCGCAGUUUGGCCACUGUCUGAGUUCAACCGUAGUGAAGGAAAACCUCGCUAGCCUGUGUGAAAAAAUUGAUGAUAGUGCCUUUCAGAGAAUAAUUUUGGACAAACUUAAAGAGGUGCAGCCAAAUGGCCUUUCAGAAGAUCAGGUCCAGGUGCUGAAGUCUGUGUCCAGGAACGCGACAGUGGAUGAAAUAAGUAAAUGGAACAUCACUAAAUCUGACACACUGGCAGCGUUAAUGAACGCCAAUGAUGGCGACUGGUCCUCUGCGCAGAGCGAACUAAUCAUUACCAAAUACCUAAGUGCCAAAAACAAUCUGACCGCCACUGAGAUCAAUCUAGUGAAAGGACCAAAUCUCUGCUCUCUGAAUGCCAGCGUAUUGUCAACAAUAUUGCCUGAAGAUCUACGGGGAUCUGAUGCCUUGAAUGUGGUGAAAUGUUCCUCUGAGAAAAAGAAGGCACUCUUCACCAUCGCCAACAAAGCAUUUCCCAUAUCCUCCACAAGGAGUUCACGUAGCAUCCUGUCAGCCUACCAGCUCAUUGAAAGCUAUCUUGGAGGUGCAGAUCUAGGCUACAUUAGGAAUCUGUCAUCAUAUAAUGUCAGCAUGAGCCUGUCCACUUUCAUAACUCUGGAUACAAGCGUGAUCUCGAGCCUCACCAUAGCAGAGGUAGUGGGUCUUCUUGGUAUCAAUUUGCGGGAUCUAAAAACAUAUGAAAACGAUACAGUCGUGCGGAGCUGGAUCUCCCUGCAGUUACAGUCAGAGCUGGAUAAACUCAAUCUCACUCUGACUGGAGGAAAAGCAACAGCAGACACAACCACUGCGUCUGUUACAUCUACUGUGACUGUGACUGCGACUGCGACUGCGACUGCAACUGCGACUGCAACUGCGACUGCGACUGCGACUGCGACUGCGACUGCAACUGCUACCACGUACAACAACACUUCAGGCGCUCGAGGAAUUGGACCCAAUUGGUGCACAGUUUCCUUCAGCAUUCUUGUGCUCAUUUUUACCAUCAUCAAAGUUGAGAUUAUAUAGCAGCACUGACCCCAAAUCAGCCACACUGUAAUCUUACCAAGAUGGUAUAUCUGUGAGACUCUGCAGUUGAAGGAAUAUAAAUAUAUAGAAUAUUACUUUCUGCUUAAUCAGUUAAUAAUCACGUAUUUUCUUUGGCAUUCUGUUGUUCAUCCUAUUCAUCCUAUUUUUAUAUAGUUAUCCUAUUCAUUAUAUAUUUUAUAUAGUAUACAAGACAUUAUAAUUGACAUAAAAAGAAUUUUGCACUACUAGUCAAAGCAAAGAUGAUGUAGCAUUUUGAUAGAAAUACUUGUACAACUAUCUCUAGGUGUUUCAAACGUUUAGAAUUGCUAUAUGAAUUCCUUGUACCCUUUUUGCCCAUGACCAAAAAAUGUUAAAUGUUCUAUGACUGGUACCUGUUUAUUUGUGACAGUGAUCAUAGCUAAUAAAUGUAGUCAUUCAGAAAUUAAUAAAAGGUACUCAAUG